ACGAUACAAAGACAACAAAAUUUUUAGAGACAUCUAACAGUGCUGAAGUGAACCAAGAUAUGAACACCCAGACAAGUUGUUCUACUGACAACACUUCUUUUAACUGGGCCAAUAUUACAAAAAAAGAACUACAAGGCACUGACGAACAUGUGUCUAACCAAAACAGUCAAUCAGAGGACAACAAUCAGGGUACUGAUCCAUUGCCCCAGACCACAAUGACUAAGAUUCUGCCCUCUGUCCCCAAACUUUGA